CCAGUGGUAUCUGCAGUAUCUAGGCCAGAGCAAAAUAAAUCACAAGCGAUAGAUGAGAAGAAGAUAGAACCACUUCUGAUUCAUUCAUCUCAGGCCCAUAUGCCCUCCGGAUCCAGUGGCAAAAGUGUGCAAAUCUCGGAAGCAUCGGCAGAAUCUGUUGCCAUGACAAGCAUAGCCGUCAAGCUGAUAGAGCGGGUGAGACAAGGCAAAAAGAGGAAGCAAAAAGGAUUAGAAAGAACCGAGCAAGAGGACAUGAAUAAGGGGCCGGCAGUAGAAUCAGUAAAAAGAGAAAUAACAGGCAGCAGUCAGCAUCCAGAGUUUCCUGCUGCUAUGGCUACUUCUGCAACCGGGAGUAGUGUCAAAAACAGUUCCGAGGCAAAGCCUUACAAAGGAGUGGAGAGGAUGAGGCCAACACAGCAACAACAGGAAUUAUCAAAGACAGGACAAGGAUCGUCAGAAAUGAAGGUGAAAGAGAGAGCACAGCCAAUUGAACCUUCGAUAGGUGACAGUAGACAAGAGCAAGCUAAAAAGAGAUUGGAGGAACUUUCAGCCGGUUUAGAAACACAAGAAAUCCCCAAAAUGCCGAAUGAAAGAGUAGUAAAGGAGCACAAAAUUAAGAGAAUGAAAAGGAAGGAAGUGAGGCGUCUAUUAAGCCAAGAAGAGGGACGUUUUCCGCGAUCAUUCGAAGUUCAGCCCGGAAGAAGGAGAUGCCAGCAUUCCCGUGACGGUUGUCGUCGAGCCACCAAUCGUCUCUUGGCUCGUGGAACCGCUACAACUCAUAUUCCGUCCGCUUCAGGAGCAACCUUCUCACCAUCUAUCUCUCGACGAGCGGUUACUCCACAUUGUCAUAAGCCGGCCUGGCCUGUACGCCAACUUCUUCGGGCGACCGGUCGAGUGUUGAUUCUGCUGGCGGGCAGGCAUCGAGGAAAACGUGUCGUCCUGCUCGGCCGACAAGCGGCCACCGGUCUCCUCGUGGUCACCGGGCCGUACCGACUGAACGGAUGUCCGGUGCGUCGAGUUCAUCCCAAUUAUGUGCUGGCCACGCAGACCCGACUCGAGCUAAUCAAGGUAGACGAGGCCUGGUGA